CUAAAUUUUAGUUCGUUCCUGUUCACCAAAAUGGCAAGAGGCCUGUUUCUGUUUCUGGUAUUUACGUUAGUUCUUGUUGGCCUUGGACAUGGAAGACCAAAGAAGAAAAGAAGUUCUAAAUCAAUAGGAGGAAGCGAACAACAAGGUUUUGUCGCCAUGAAGACACAACUCCAAAAUGCUUUAAACGAGGUUUCUGCACCCGCUAUCCUGUCCCUCCUGAGAUCUUUGCCGACGUUGAAGCAGAGUAUUUGCAUGCGCAGCAUUACCACGAGUCAAUCACCCGUUACUCCGAAUACAAAGGCAGCUACCACCACUGCAGCUAACGAACAAGAUUUUGGUUGGCUCUUUGAUCUUGUUAGCACUGCACUGGCCCAAACAACGGUUCCAAAAAUGAGAAGCGUCCUGAAGUCCGAACCCAGACUGCGCAGAGAGCUUUGCGGUGCUGGUCUAUCAACUAGGUCGACCACCCCUUCUACUCCAACACCACCGAUACCAAUUACGACACAACCUCCUCCUCCUCCAGUGGUAGCGACAAAUCCUGAAGUAAAGACCGCAGCAGCUGGAGGUUCAAACUUCGUGGAUGUAGCUUAUCGAGAUGAAGGUCAAUCUGGAAACAGAGCUACGGGAGCUAGACCAACUGGUCGUACAAGACCGGCAGCUUCAGGCCAGCCAGCUACACCAAAUAAUCUUCCAGCUGCGGAGGAACCACUACAAGACGUCUCAAAUGAUAAUGACUACAGCGACGAGUAUUUGAGCAUUCCAGCUAUGAGAAAACAAAGGUCAUUGGCGUCCAAUGACAUUCACGAAGCAGAGGAAACUGGUCCUCUGGACAAAGACGGGCCACCAGAAGUAAGAGCAAUCAUAUCAGCACCGAAUGAUGUUCGAAAAAAUGGUGAAACUGGUCCCCUGGAACAGGAACGAGAAAACCGCCAUGACGAUGAUAAACAGGAGUUCCAUAUUGCAACCGUGAUUCCAACCGUCUUCCCUGCUGAAGAUGUGCAAGCAAUACCAAGAAUGAUCAUAUCAGGAUCUAAUCUACUCGAAGAUGGGCAGUUUGAUGAGACCAUUGUCAUCUAUCCAGAAUCUUACGAUCAGGCUGYUGCCAUGGAUCUCAAAGAGCAGGAACAAAAGAAGGAAGAAACGCUGUUGCAAGACCAGAAAACUCUGCCGUCCAACGCAGAGACUUCGAGCCAACAAACUGAGAAUUCUGCUUCAAAGCAAAGAGAUGAAACUAAGCUUGAAGUGACUGGAAGUGAAACUGAAGAAGAAAUGAAAACAGAAAACCUUUCAUUGGACGAUAAUGUAGAAGCAAACGAUGUAAUGGUGAAUAAGAAAGAGACGUUUUCAGCAGACGAAAAGCCACAGGAACCCCCUUUAGUUGCAGACGAAAAUGAAAAGAAGGAAGUCAGAAACGAGAACAACCAUCGCGCCAUGACUGAAAAUAAGAGAAACCUAGAAAUACCGAGUGAAGUAAUGUCUAACGAGGUGGACGACCUGAGGCAAGAGGAUUGGGAAGUGAAGAAAGCACCGGUAGAAGGCGAAAUAAAAUAUGAAGUUGACGACGACCCUGCUGAGAGAUUAACCAAAAGAAAGGCGAACAAGAGACUGAAAUUGAAACUCGAUAAAUUAAUAAAAAAGAACAUUUUUGCAUGAAGAUAAAAAAUAUUAUAAUCGUUUAUAUUUAGAGAUUUAUUUCCACGACCGGACUUGUUUGUUCUGCUUGCUGUAAUGUGUGCACAACCGCGUUACUUGGAUUUGAAAAUGAAAUAAAGAUAUUUGACUGA